CAACAUUUCCCGUUCGUGGCUAGUCCGUGGCUAACCGCUCCAAAUGCAUACUCAAGGGAGAAUGUCAGUUUUGAGGGUACUGAUCUCCAUCAAUAUCAUGGUGUCUGCUUCAACAAACAGUUCACUUAUGGACAGACAACAGAGAAGUUUCAUACUUCCUGUGGAAGCUAACACUUCCCUCUCUAAACCUGUGGAUACAAAGGCUGUGCUCUCUUGCCCUCCGAUCACCCAGAAAGCUGUGCUGGUAACAAUAAGAUGGGAAAUAAUCCUCAGAGACAAGCCUUCCUGCACCAGAGCCUACAGGAGAGAUACAAAUGAGACCAGGGCCAUAAACUGUAGUGACAAGACAAUAUCCUGGGACUCCAGACCUGAUCAGAAUCCCGCCCUUCAGAUCAAUCCAGUGGCCAUCACUCAUGAUGGAUAUUACAGGUGUGAAGUGGUCACAACUCAUGGGCAUUUCUAUCAUGGAUAUCACCUGACAGUGUUAGUGCCCCCCGACGUGACCCUGUUUCAACUUGAGAAUGGAACUAUCGUGUGUAGGGCAGCUGCAGGGAAGCCAGCGGCGCAGAUCUCCUGGACCCCAGGGGGAGAUUGUCACACUGUGGAAGAGCCACUGGGCAAUGACACAGUGACCGUCCAGAGUUCGUGCCGCUGGGAGGACCACCGGGUGUCUAAUGUGUCCUGCUCUGUGUCCCAUCUGACUGGCAACAGGAGUCUGUCCACUGAGAGGAAUUCAGGAGACAAGUUACCACAAAAAUUUGUUGUAUGUAUCACCUUCUUUAUUUUGAUUACUUUGGUCAUUGUGGGAUCCAUUUGCCUUUUGAAAAUCGAUGUCUGCAGAAAAUACUAGUUAAAAAAACAGAAGUUACUUCAGUUGUUGAGGAGGAUGAAAUGCAAUCCUAUGGCAGCUACACAGAGAAGAGCAAUCUAGGACACUGUGAGCAGAGUGAGGAGGUCUCAGGUGUUACAAAACGAAGUUGAUGGGCUGUGUCUCCAUACUUCAUAAGUUACUUGAAUCUAGCACCAGAACAAAUGAAUAAAGAAACAGUAAAGCUA